AUGGGAGACUACACACCAGAUGCGGCUGAUCCAGUGCAGCCGGUAGCGUUGGAAUGCCCGAAGCAAACCGGGCCUUCUCCCAGCCAAAGCUCUGUUCUUUAUCAUCAGCUUCGUCAACCGCCAUUGAAUAUAGUCGGAGGGCGGGGAAGUUAUCUGAUAACCGAUUCGGGUCAAGAGAUCCUGGACGCCACAUGUGGCGCUGCUGUCUCUUGUCUUGGACAUAGUGACAAAAGAGUGCAUGAAGCUAUUAUGGAGCAGUUGCAGAAAGUGCCGUACUGUUACUCGCUUUACUUCACUAACAGCGCCGCCGAGGAACUUUCAAAGAUUCUGGUGGACUCUACAGAGGGAAAAAUGUCGCGCGCCUUUAUCGUGAGCUCGGGAACCGAAGCAGUUGAAGCUUCCCUCAAGAUGGCCGUGCAAUAUUACAUGGAAAUGCCCGUUCCACAGCCACAGCGUAUGAAUUUCAUUGCUCGCAAGCAGUCAUACCAUGGAAACACACUCGGUUCUCUCUCAGUGGGCCAUCAUAUUGGCCGCCGCGCCCUCUACGAGAAGGUCUUAGCGAAGAAUGUCCACCAUGUCUCGCAGUGUUAUCCCUACCGGGAAAUGCAAGAUGGGGAGACUGUCGAGGCAUACGUUGCUAGGCUUGCCCAGGAACUAGAGGACAAGUUUCAGGAGCUGGGUCCAGAUACUGUGUGUGCAUUCGUUGCAGAGACGGUGACCGGCACUACAUUGGGAUGCGUACCUCCCCUUCCAGGAUACUUGAAAGCUAUGAAAGAAGUCUGUGCGAGACACGGUGCUUUAUUGAUCUUGGACGAAGUGAUGAGCGGUAUGGGUCGAACUGGUACCCUACACGCAUGGGAGCAGGAAGAUGUCGUUCCUGACCUACAGACCAUGGCUAAGGGACUUGGUGCUGGCUAUGCUCCCAUCGCCGCUCUCCUGGUGAAUCAACACGUUGUGGACACCUUGACGCAAGGCACGGGAGCUUUCUCUCAUAGCCAGACCUACCAAGGCCACCCUAUCUCGUGUGCUGCGGCUUGCCGGGUACAAAAGAUUAUUCAAGAGGAUAAUUUACUUGCCAACGUUCGAGAGAUGGGCAAGUAUCUCGGUCAGCUCCUCAAUCAGAAAUUUGGAGAGAACUCUCACGUUGGGAAUAUCCGCGGAAGAGGGCUCUUCUGGGCGAUCGAAUUCGUUCAAAACAAAGAAACAAAGGAGCCGUAUCCCCCAUCGGAGUCUGUGGCUUGGAAGAUUCAUAAAGCUGCCCUGAAGCCGGAAUAUUCCAUCUCUCUGAUGCCUGGAAACGGGGGUAUAGAUGGAAUCAAUGGUGAUCAUAUCUGCUUUGCCCCGCCAUACAACUGCACCAAGGAGGAGAUAGAGACGAUUGUUGACCGAGCUUCACGGGUCGUGGAAGAAGUCCUUGGGAAAUAG